AUGCCUGCUGAGAGGCUGGGGCUGGCAGCUGAGCGUCAGGAAUGCACUGGAAGCACUGGAAAUAUAAUCCGUACUAUCCGGGACCCGGAGAAACCUAAUACUUUAGAAGAACUGGAAGUGGUAACAGAAAGCUGCGUUGAAGUGCAUGAGAUAGGUGAAGAUGAGUAUCUGGUUAUCAUCAGGUUUACACCAACAGUACCUCAUUGCUCGUUGGCUACUCUCAUUGGCCUUUGUUUAAGAAUAAAACUUCAGAGAUGUUUGCCUUUUAGACAUAAGCUGGAAAUCUACAUAUCUGAAGGUACACAUUCCACGGAGGAGGACAUCAACAAGCAAAUAAAUGACAAAGAGAGAGUAGCAGCUGCGAUGGAGAAUCCAAACUUGCGUGAAAUCGUGGAGCAGUGUGUUACAGAGCCUGACUAG